ACCUGGUAUCGCUGACAGAUAGGGUCAAGGCCGCGCAAUUCUAAAACACAACAAGGUGAGCGGCCGGGCUAGCUGUAAAAAUGCUGCAGAAAUCCGCUAGUGUCUUCAUUCGGGGAGCUGUCCGGUGUUUCCACACAAGCUGUUUGAACAUGGGCGCCAAAGAAUACCGCGACCCGAGAUUUUUCACCUUGUAUCAACAUGCCAAGUCAAGACUUCUUGAUGAUCAGAGGAAAAGCGGCGUAUUGUCACAUAAGAUGGAGGUGAAGGGAGUUAGGCUCCACUUUGAAAUGACUGGGGAUGGAGAUCAUUAUGUUUUAAUGAUACCAGGAGCUCUUGGAUCCACAAGAACUGACUAUACUCACCAGAUGCGGACGUUCAACAAGCAUGACUUCACACUGGUAGCGGUGGAUCCCCGUGGUUACGGGCAGAGUAUUCCCCCUGUGCGUGAUUGGCCUCUGGAGUUCCUACAGAGGGAUGCUGAUGAUGUUAUGGAAUUAAUCAGGAAACUGGGUAUAGAGAAGGUGUCCAUACUCGGCUGGAGUGAUGGUGGGGUUGUGGGCAUGAUUGCUGCGGCCCAGCAUCCCGACAUUAUCCACAAGCUGGUAAUAUGGGGAGCCAACGCCUACAUCACAAAGAAAGACAUGGAGGUCUUUCAUGGAAUCAAAGAUAUCAAAAACUGGAGCGAGAGAAUGAGGUCCCCAUUUUUGUCCCUCUAUGGAGAGAAAUACUUCAGGGCGCAGUGGAGCAACUGGGUAGACGCUUACCAGAACUACUUCGACAAACGUAAUGGUGAUAUUUGCAUCGCUGAGGUGGAGAAAAUCAGAGCAAAGACGUUGAUUGUUCAUGGCAUGAAGGACCCACUGGUGCCUUUGGAGCACCCAGACUUCCUGCAUCAGAACAUCAAGGGAUCCAAAUUGUACAUAAUGCCGGAAGGAAAACACAAUGUUCACCAAAAGUAUCCACGGGAAUUUAACUUUUUAGUUGAACACUUCCUUAAGCAGUGAAAAUGUUAAUGGCAGGACUUAAGCCAAUAAUCAAUUCACAGUUUGUAUUUUAUGCAUUUCACACAUCGAUGCAUCUCAGCUAUAAAUGACUGUAUGAUUUUAUGUCCAAGGUGUAUAUUGAAUGCAAACACUCAGGAGAUCAUAUAUGCUAGACUUUCUGGAAAAAUAUGUAAUUGCUUGAAGCAAAAUGCUUGGACCUAUUAAUGUAAUUGUUGACCUGUUGCAUGGAAAUUUCUAAGGUAAACCAUAAGACAGAAUAUCAAAUAGUUACAGUGGUAUCUCAAUACACAGACAACAUUUUUAUAUUGUCUUUAGUAUAAAUGCUUAUUUCUGCAACAAUGGGAAGUAAACUGGUUGGUUUUGGUGUAAAUUUGGUCAUUAUGAAUUUCAUUAAUGUGGAUAGCAUUUAAUUUAACUUUUUGUACUACCACACCGUCUUUUAGUACAGUUAAGUCUUUAUAAAGGUGUUUAUAAAUAUGACGAUAAUAACUUAUAAAUUUGGUUAAGGUAUACUUUUUUUGUCAUUAAAAUUUGUACCGGUAUUUGAAUUGAGUUGGUGUUUAACUUAUUUAAUGAUUAUUAUAUUGAUGACAAAUUCCAUCAAAUAAAAAUGCUUAAAUAUUUUCAAUACUUUGAAAUAAUAAAUAUAUACAUAUAACACGUUUAAUGAAAAUGUUCUGGAGCACAUUCUAAGUCAACCUUUUUAGCUUAUUGUAAACACUAUGUGUAGGAUACAUGUGUUUUCAAAAUUAUCCAUGAAUUAAUUAAUAUAUAAUGUUAAUGUGUACCUUUUUCUUAGUCUAUUUAAAAAUACAUUUAAAAUAUUUAAUAUAAUAUUUAAAAAUACACUUUUUUAGCCGAUCUGAGAUGUCCCUUUAAACGUAUAAAACUGUUAACAGAACAGAACUUUCCAUAUUUUGUUUGGUGCAUGUAUAUACUGUGCAUGGAUUUGAAGAGGUUUAUUUAUAUAAUACCAGAAAAAUAUAACAUAUGAUGUCGGCUUGUAUUUUGGUAUAUUGUGCCAUUGUUUUUUAAAGAACAUGUACAGUUUUGACCUUAUGGAUUCAAUAAAUAUUAUAGAAAAAUGCA